AUGUCUGACCCUGAGCCUGCAGUGUAUGGAAACCAAUCCCUCUGCACGAAAUUCACAUUUGUGGCGUUUUCCUCCCUUGCAGAGUUACAGCCUCUGCUCUUUGUUGUGUUUUUAAUCAUCUAUUUGUUUACUGUGGGUGGAAACCUCAUCAUCAUCUGCCUGAUCUGGAUUACCCCUACGCUACACACCCCCAUGUAUUUCUUCCUGGUUAAUCUCUCAUUUCUGGAGAUGUGCUAUAUCACUAGUGUGGUUCCUCAGAUGUUAGUGCACCUUCUGGUGAAGGACAAGAUCAUAAGCGUGGGGGGCUGUGCAGCUCAGAUGUAUAUAUUUGCGAUCUUAGGGCUGACAGAAUGCUGCCUGCUGGCUGCUAUGGCUUAUGACCGCUUUGUCGCUAUUUGCUAUCCACUACAUUACACUCUCCUGAUGAGCCCUCCCGUGUGUUUGAAGUUGGCUGCAACGUCUUGGAUCACUGGAAUAGUGGUGGAGUCAGCCCAGAUCACCUGGGUCUUCUCUUUGCCCUUCUGUGGAACAGGAACAAUUCAGCACUUUUUUUGUGACAUAAUGCCUGUAGUGAAACUGGCUUGUAUCGAUACCUCCCACAAUGAGAUUGUGAUGUUUUUUAUCUCUGUGCUCUUCAUUAUGACUCCCUGUUUCCUCAUUCUAUGCUCCUAUAUGCGUAUUCUUGUGAACAUCUUGAAAAUUCCUUCAGCGGCUGGCAGGCGCAAAGCUUUCUCCACUUGUUCUUCUCAUAUCCUGGUUGUUUCUCUGUUCUAUGGAACUGCCCUAUUCACCUACCUCCAACCCAAGACUGCCCACACUCCAGAAACAGACAAAGCAACUGCACUUAUGUACACAGUAGUCACACCGGCUCUGAAUCCUAUUAUCUAUACCUUGAGGAACAAGGAAGUAAAAGAAGCCGUUCAAAGAAUAACACAAAGAAAUCCUCUUAGACAAAUAGCAUAA